ACAAAUGCAAGCGAGUAGAGAGACAAAAAGUGAACUGUCGAAAAAAUAAAUUUCCAGUCAAAACAGGGAAAAAGUGUGUAAAUUACCAUAUUUUCUAGAAAAUUUACUUCUAAGUUGAAAGUCCUUUUCAGUUAGCUUAUUAAAAACCGUCAGCGUGAAGAAAUUAGCCCGGUCUGUAGUGCUUUGUCAUUUAUUUUGUUCGAGUUAGGUUCUAUCAAGGAAUACCAUUCCCUGUAGGGAUUACCCGGUAGAUUGCAGCCAUUCAAUGAGUAAGAUGACAAAGAACAAGCUUAAUCUCACACUACCGCCGGGCUCGGUGGAUGUUCCGGCCGGUCAGCAAACAACCCCCACACCAUCCUUCAAGACGCCGUCUGGUACGGAGUAUGUCAUUGGAAAGCAUAAUCUACUCGGGAAGCCGAAAAAUAGCAUCGAUGCGCUUACCGAGACGCUGGAAGAACUGGAGAUUGAUGAAAAUGCCCGCAAAAGAAUAAAGGUCUUUCUCAGUCAGAAGGAGAAAAUCGGUGAACUGAGCGAUGAGGAUCUGGAGAAGCUUGGCGAGUUGGGUUCUGGAAAUGGUGGAGUGGUGAUGAAGGUUCGGCACAUUCCAACACAGCUGAUUAUGGCUCGCAAAUUGAUCCACCUGGAGGUCAAACCGGCCAUCAAGAAGCAGAUCAUCCGAGAGCUGAAAGUUCUGCACGAUUGCAAUUUCCCCCACAUUGUCGGCUUCUAUGGAGCCUUCUACAGUGACGGGGAAAUCAGUAUCUGUAUGGAGUACAUGGAUGGGGGCUCGCUGGAUUUAAUUCUGAAACGAGCGGGACGUAUACCGGAACCGAUCCUGGCGAAAAUUACCUGCGCUGUACUGAAAGGGUUGAGUUAUUUGCGUGACAAGCACGCCAUCAUGCACCGGGAUGUUAAGCCGAGCAAUAUUCUGGUGAACAGCAGCGGGGAAAUUAAGAUCUGUGAUUUUGGGGUUUCGGGUCAGCUGAUUGAUUCGAUGGCCAAUUCCUUCGUCGGUACUAGAAGCUACAUGUCGCCGGAGCGUCUGCAAGGUACGCACUAUUCCGUGCAGUCGGACAUCUGGUCGUUGGGGCUUUCUCUGGUAGAAAUGGCCAUCGGGAUGUAUCCGAUUCCUCCACCAGAUGCGAAAAUGUUGGACUAUAUCUUUCAGGAGAAGGGCGAUGACAGUUCUCCCGGACAGAACAUUAUCGAACCGAAACCGAUGGCCAUCUUCGAACUGUUGGAUUAUAUUGUGAACGAACCGCCCCCGAAACUAGAGCAUCACUCGUUCACGGAUCGCUUUAAGGAUUUCGUGGAUCGAUGUUUGAAAAAGAAUCCGGAAGAGCGCGCCGAUUUGAAAACGCUAAUAAAUCACGACUGGAUUAAAACUAUCGAACAGGAAGACGUCGACAUCGCUGGAUGGGUGUGCAAAACGAUGGACUUGCUUCCUUCUACACCGAAACGGAACGCGUCACCUAACUAAAAAGCGCAUAUAGAUUUCCACAUCGAUCGAUUCACACGGUUAAUUGGGCAAGUGCCUAACAACAAAGUUUAUUAUGGAUGUGCAACAGCCCUUCUAGUUCGGCAUGUAGAUUAAGCCAGGGACUUCCAUGGGAAAUUUCCGUAUAGUCCCCAAAUUUUACAAUUACAUUUUCUCUAGUAUGUAGAAAUUACAAGCAAAAUCAGCAUAUUCAUUAUACACUGAUCUGUGAAGCUGUUAGGAGUGUGAACGGUUGAAAAUGAGAUUUUGUCGAGUUAUUUCGUGUUACUCGAUUGAUAGUUUCUGUUCGUGUCUACAGUGUAGAUUUUUUUUAUCAUUUGAGAUGGUUGAACAGUGUUUUAUUAAUUCAUAAGGUUUAUGUUUGGAUACAUCCUGCGUUGCAACUUCGAGUUAUUCGUUCGUUUUAAUCCGGUAAUGAGUAACAAGAGCGUAAAUGAGUACAACUUAGCUAUUGCCAUAGGCAACGGAAAUACAAACUGAAUCGGUGCGAAAGAUACGAAAUGAGAUAUCUAACAGCAAAACGAAUCAAUAAAAAAAACAAACAAGUAACAACGCAUUCCGCAUCUAAUAACCUAACUAGGCAAUAUCGUGAGACAGACUCACACUGUUCGUGAGCUGAGUGGAAGCAAGAGAAACUCUGCACUCAACCUAAACUGCUCUCCAAGGAGAUUUGCACACUUCGUGGAUAUAAACCUUUAAGCCCCUCUCUCGUAGUUUAGAACAGCAAUAUGAUAUUGAUGAACAUGAUAAAGAUUACAUUGCAAAUGCCGUUGAUCACCGUUGCGGCACCGGUUUUGCAACCGAUCAACAAAAACCAACAACAGUGCGGUGCAAUCCAACCAGAGAUUUGUGCGUCCCGUGUAUUAUUAAAGCAUUUUAAACCAGGCCGGUUGCGUC